CGCUGUUGCCUGCGUGUGGGAAAUGGAGAAGCCGUAGUGUGGCUGCUUCACGCUGGUUUAACUUAGACGACGGCAGACAGCGAGACACUCAGCCUUUGAGUUCAGUGCCUGGAGACCUCCUCAGUUUUGGAGCUUUUUCUUCAGCACAGAGAAAAUGAGUUGGGGAACGGACCUGUGGGACCAGUUUGAAAACCUCGACAAGCACACACAAUGGGGCAUCGACUUCCUGGAGCGCUACGCAAAGUUUGUGAAAGAGCGGCUGGAGAUCGAGCAAACCUAUGCAAAACAGUUGCGGAGCCUGGUGAAAAAAUACUGCCCUAAGCGAUCCAAAGACGAUGAGCCCCGGUUCACGUCAUGCCUGUCGUUCUAUGCCAUACUAAACGAGCUGAAUGACUAUGCGGGUCAGCGAGAGGUCGUUGCCGAGGACAUGGGUCACAAGGUGUAUGGAGAGCUGAUGAGAUACUCGCAGGACUUGAAGGCAGAGAGAAAACAUCACCUUCAGGAGGGAAGGAAAGCCCAGCAGUAUUUGGAACAGUGCUGGAAACAAAUGGACAAUAGCAAGAAAAAGUUUGAGCGAGAAUGCAGAGAAGCUGAGAAGUCCCAGAUAAUCUUUGAGAGGUUAGAUAACGACAUCAAUGCCACAAAGUCGGAGGUGGAAAAGGCUAAAGCCCAGCUGUAUUUGAGAACCCACAUGGCAGAUGAGAGUAAGAAUGAGUAUGCUGCUCAGCUGCAGAACUUUAAUGCUGAACAGUGGAAGCAUUUCAAUGCAGCCAUCCCACAGAUAUUUAAGAACCUACAGGAUAUGGAUGAACGUCGAACAGUGAAACUGGGGGAGACCUACCGGAGCUUUGCUGAAGUGGAGAGGAAAGUCAUCCCCAUCAUUUCCAAGUGUCUGGAGGGCAUGGUGACUGCUGCCAAAAACGUGGAUGAGCGCAGGGACUCAUCAAUCGUAGUAGAGUCAUUCAAGUCAGGGUUUGAGCCCCCAGGUGACUUCCCCUUCGAGGACUUCAGUCAGAACAUCCAGCGCACAGGAUCGGACGGCACUAUUGGAACCCCUAAAACCGAUGGAAGCAAACCUGACCCCAAACACUCUAUCGGAAAAGCCAAGAACAAGCUGUGGCUCUUUGGGAAAAAACCCAAAGCUCCAAACCUGGAAGAUCUCAGCCACCUCCCCCCGGAACAGAGACGUAAGAAACUACAGCAGAGGAUUGACGAGCUCAGUAGAGAACUUCAGAAAGAAAUGGACCAAAGAGAUGCAUUAAACAAAAUGAAGGACGUUUAUGAGAAGAACCCUCAGAUGGGUGAUCCUGGGAGUCUCCAGCCAAAGAUCUCAGAGACCAUAUGCAACAUGGAGAAGCUGCGCUCUGAGAUCCAUAAAAAUGAGACAUGGCUGGCAGAAGUAGAGGGGGCUAAACAGAGUUCUCGGAGUGACCGACGGCCUAGCACAGAUGUAAAUCAUCAUGCUCCUCAUGGCAGAGAAAGUCCUGAGGGCAGCUACACAGACGAUCACAGCCAGGAGCACCGGUCCCCCCCACAGCCUGACCCACACGAGUUCGAUGACGAGUUUGAUGAUGAUGAUCCUCUUCCUGCAAUUGGACACUGCAAAGCGCUCUACUCUUUUGAUGGAUCUAACGAGGGCACGUUGGUGAUGAAGGAGGAUGAGGUGCUGUAUGUUAUAGAGGAGGAUAAAGGAGACGGCUGGACACGAGUUCGUAAGCAGAGUGGAGAGGAAGGCUAUGUGCCCACGUCCUAUGUGGAGAUCACACUGGAGAAACACAGCAAAGGUGCGGUCACCUACAUUUGAUCACCCACGGCAUGGUGGCCUGUAAAGACAUCAGGAAUGGGAACAUGUGCAUGUCAGAAUUGACGCUGCAUUGGCAGCACGACUCCCUGAAUCAUACUCUGUUCACUGUGUGAGCCCUGGACAAACACACAUGUACACACACCCAUUCUUCCCAAAGUGACCAUGACAACUAUUAGGGUACUAUGACUGACUGACUGUAUUCCUCCUAGUUGAGAAGGUUUUUCCUCAGUGACAAAUUAGCUCCUUCUUAAAAAUUUACGUUUAUUGUCCUGUUAUUAAUUUUAUUAGGUGUCAAGCACACUGUUCUUAAUUUGUUCCAUUUUGUGUCUGCAUGGAAAUUUUGAGCAAAGUAAAUUGAUAAAGUAAUUUCUUCAUUUUUUUCUCAUUUGGAUUGUCCCUCAUUUUGCCAUGACCUCUCGGUCAGCACCGCUAACACUACGACCUGCAUUCAGCUGCUCUGCAACUUGUUUUUUCUCUGUAGUUUUUCCACAGUAAUGCAAGAGUAUAAAAUAGUUAAGUACUGGUAAUGUUUAUCAACCAUAGUUAGCCUCAUUUCAGUAAAUCUGUUCAGCAGGGACCUUCCUAUACAGAAUUAUUGAUUCAAAAGCUGCAUUUCAGAGGAUCUCCUCUAGGUGGCAGUGUUGCAUGACAUGUUUUUCCAUGGUGCCACCUUGCCUUUGGCCUGCAGAGGUCAGAAAUCACUGAGAAUAGUUUAAGAGAAUUGGUUAAUUAAGUGGUUUUGAGAUGGUCAUUUAAACUUGUUUUUGUGGCCUAUACUACUUUUACAUAUACCAGCUUGAGGAGUGUCCUGAGUCCUGAACAAACAAGGUUGCCUAUGGUUGUCAGGUGCAUUUGUACAGCCCCCAUUUUUUGGCACUACUGCAGGUUUAUGUAAGAUCAUGAAGCGCAUAUCUUAUCGUUUUAUGUGUUCAAGUCGAUUUAUCAUGGCACACAGGAUCUCCACAAUGUUUGUUUUAAUCGUGACCUCUUGUCCCUGGCCAGCCCCUCAGUCCUCUCUAGUGUUGAUCUAUGUGAGUGACUGUACUCUCUCCUCUUUCUGUGGCUACAGGUUCCUGAGUGGAAGAGUGGGGCUCUGUGGUGUUGGUGGAGGGGACAUGCUGCUCUGGGUCUAAUAGUAGGUAGUUCAGGGUUUUCAGACUGAAAGAGACAGAAAGGGUGCGGGGGAAAAAUGUAGGAAAUGAGGACAGGAUGCAUGUCUUGCAUGCUGACACUGUCAUUGCCGUUAACAUCAUUCCAUUGCAGCAGAGGCUUGUGGUGUAGGUGUGGGAAGCAUAAUGCGAGGAAUCAGACGCAUGAAAGGAGGUUAAAACCCAAAGCUUGUUUGAUGCAUUGAUCCUAAAAGUGUGCCUGGCACUAACAUUCCAUCCUGUUGAAUUCCAUUCCAGCGCCGUCAUGGGAACAAAUAUUUUUGCCUGCACCAUCUCAUUUGCCCAUCUUAACAUGCAUGAUCUAAGCUCAUUACUUCCUCCCUCAGGGCUGACCCAUUCAGCCCCUACUAGGACAAAACCACUUCAGCCUGUUCACUUCUAAACCCUUUUCACCCUACUUAUGAUGUGAUGUCUUGUCUUGUUUGUGUCCAUUGAGUAUUUUUCACAUUUCGACUGCAUUCCCUGAUGCAUUCAAGAGUCAUUGUCAUGCCUCACUGUUCUGCCAUCAAAGCAUGAACAAACCACAGUAGAAACAGGGUGGGACCACAGUAGCUAUGCUAGCAGUCCCCAACACGAAAACCAAGUGGGUGCCUGUACUGUGGAUCACCGGUGCCUGGUGCAGUACUGACUAAGACCAGCAAGGGGGUGCAUCACCAUACGCAGGUGGACCAAAAGCUGGACCUGUGACGACCCUCAGAAAUUCACUCAGCAUUCCAGCCAUCCACAUCCUUACAGCCUAUAGAAACCCUUCACUCUGUUCACGAUUUCACAUGUGCUUGAAGAACACGCAAGGGCCUCGUAAUGGGGCCUCAUAAAUGCCCAUCUUUCAGUGCGUAUGUUUGUGAAUGUGAUUUCAUACAUAUAUGAAAACGAUGUGUAUGCAUAUGGAUAUAUGUAUACAUGUAUACAUGUGUAUAUACCUAGUUAGUUUUUAUUACUGAAUUGUAAGUAUUAACAACUUUUAUUUCAUACUGAAUGUUUUUAUCGUGUCUUUUUAUAGGGUUUUUAACCGAGUGAAUGACUUUGCUUCGCUUUUAAAGAAUCGUGCCGUUAUCUGUUUGUAAUCAUCACUUUUUUUCUUUUCUUUUUUUUUUUUUUUUCUUUUUUUUUUUUUGUCUGAACAAUACUUUAUUGGAGCCUGGUCUUAACCAAUGCACUUUUUUACCCUAUUGCAUUUGAAUUUGAACUUCAGUGAGUAAAUGAAUGAGUGAGUGAAUGGUGUUGGCGCUGACUGCUACCUUUGUAUAAUUAUAUUGUACAGUAAGACAGUGGUGACCACUAUGUUCUGGGUUGUGUUUGAUCAAGAGCAAACAAGAAAUAAAUACUAAAGUCUGUUCGUCCCAA